CAACUCCCAGAAGCCUCAGCCCAGACACUACAGUUGCCAUGGUGAGGGAGAUCAACAGGCUGGGAGCACAGAAGCUGGAGCCCUUGAGGGGACAAAAUGGAGGCCCUGAGGGAGAACGAGGCAGAGGAGAAAGAGGAAGAGAAAAAAGCCUUUAAGAUCAGUGAUGAACUCCAAGACCUAGAGGAGAAGUUGUCAAAGAUUCAAGUCCAUAUUCCAAACAUACAUGAAUUUGACUGGAGCUCCAUGGACACCUCUCAUUUACCAGCUUCCUAUAAGAUAAAUUCUGCUAAGGAGAAGAUGAUGCUGCAUAUAGCUGCCAAUUUUCGCCGACAGUACACACAUCUCUGCCCAGACCGCAAGGAGCUUUUUCUUCACCCAUUAAAUGAGUGUGGUGUGGAGAAGUUUGUGAGCACCACAGUGCGUCCGACCCUACUGCCAUACCCAGAGCUGUACAACUGGGAUGGCUGCGCCCGAUUCGUCUCUGACUACCUCACAAUGGAGCCUCUUCCAAACCCUAUUGAGCCACCUAGCUCCUUGGUCUCCCCGACCACUAUCCUGAAGUACCAGAGAGGAAACUGCUUUGACUUCAGCAUGCUGCUCUGCUCCCUGCUUAUUGGGGUUGGGUAUGAUGCCUACUGUGUAUAUGGCUAUGCCACCCGGGAGACAUGUAUGAUGGACGAGACCAGGGAGGUGUGCCCUCUGCUGAAGAAGUCCAAAGAGGCUCAGAAAGAGACAGUGAAGGAGAAGACUGAGAAGUAUGCAGUCAAGCCCCCACGUGAUUUGCGCAGCAAGUUUGAGCUGCAGCAGGCAGCCAAGAAGGAGGCAGAAAUCCAAGUUGCAAAGCAGAAGAAACAAGAGGAGGAAGAGGAAAGGAUCAUGGAAGCUGAGAAGCCAAAGCCAGACUCUUUGUAUGGGUUACGUGUCCAUGCAUGGGUUCUGAUUUUGUCAGGGAAGCGGGAGGUGCCAGAGAGUUUCUUCAUCGAUCCAUUCACAGCAAAAAGCUACAGUACCACAGAUGGGCAUUUCCUUGGUAUUGAAGCCCUUUGGAACCAUGUGAACUACUGGGUCAAUAUGCAGAGUUGCUUGAAUGGCUGUAAGGAUCUCAUCUUUGACCUUGGUAACCCAUUGAGGUGGGAGUUCAUGCUGCUGGGGGCUGAUAAGCCUCUUCUGUUGCUUCCAAAUGAGGAGGAGGAAGAGGAAUUAGCUGAUGAGGAUUUGGAUAAUUUGGUCAAAGAAGAGGAAGAAAAAGGUUCUGACAUGCCACCAUCCUGGGUAGACCCAAUUCAGAUAUCUCUGAAAGAAUUUGAGACCCGCUGUCCCCAAGGGAAGAAGGUGAUCCAUUACAAGAAGGCAAAGCUGGAGAAAUGGGCACCUUACCUGAACAGCAAUGGGCUGGUCGAGCGCCUCACUGUCUUUGAGGAUCAAGACUGUACCAAAGUACUGGAGGUGAGACAGUGGUUCAAAAACAGAGAAGACUUGCUGGAAAUGAGACAAGUGAAUAAAAUAACAGAGGUGACUACAGAAUACUUCGGCCCAGGACAUGUAUUAGGUCUCAAAGCCCAUGUCUAUAAGUCAAUGAAUCCUGAGACUGAGCGCACCAUGGAAUUUUACAACAAGACACGUGUAGAUGGCCUUCAGAAACGGGUUGAAAAUGCCUGUGAGAUGAUGGAAUACUUUGUAGGGCGGUCAGAUUUCCUCUACUACCGGCACACAAACUUUGGCAAAAGGACAAAGAGAGCCCAGAUUCUUGUUGCUAACCCUGAUGCGAAUGCCAGGCCAAUAAUGCAAAUCAAAGAGUGUUUCCAUAGGAACCUAGAAAAGCCAGCUAAUGAAGAUGUGGCAGAACGCAUCUUUAUGAUCUCUGAGGAGCGGAUCCUGCUGACAUAUCACCUCCAGGAAAAUUACAUCACUGCCUCCAAGAGGGAGUUCACCAAACGGGCAGAUGUGGAUAAUAAAGGAAACAAGAUCAUCAUGACUCCAGACAUGUGCCUCAGCUAUCAGGUGGGAUCGUCUCAGGAAGACAAGAAGCUGAUCCAUCUGUACAAAAUGAUGUUGAAGCUAAUGGAGGAAGAGAAACACUUAAAGCAUCAAGUCUGGGAAUCUGGAACAGAGGUGCUUGAAAUUCUGAAGAUCCGCGAGGAAGAGGAAGGAGCCAGCAAGCUGACUGUUUCCAUUUAUGACACAGAAAGAAAUGAAAAGGGCAAAAAACAGCGAGAGGCAAUGGAGCAUCAAAUGCAAGAAGAGCGCCAGCGACAAGAUGAGCAGGAUCUAGAUUACCUGGCACCUUUUAUUAUUCAAAUGGGAAACAUAGAGAAGAUGACCAAGUGGCAGGCCCUACGCCUCAAAGAGGACUGCCUGACUGACUUCAAGUACCAUCUCAUUGACAAGGCCAACAUCAUCCAAGUUCGCUUUGAGAAGGAGACACAGGAGUUGCAAAAGAAGCAACAAUGGUACCAGCAAAACCAGCUCUCCAUGACUGUGGAGGAUGAGGAGGCUUACAUAGCUUAUUGCUCUGAUGCCAUGUUCCGCAUUCGCAUUCUAGAGAUGAGGCUCAACAGGCACAAGGAGACAGCACCACAAAAAUAUAUUGCACUAGAAGAAAAAUUAUGCAAGGAUCCUCGCCUGUCUGAAUAUCUCAAACUUUAUGCCUAAUUGAUUCCUUGUUUGCUCAUAUCAGUCACUGAGUAUCAGAGCAUUGCCAGAGGGAAAUGUGGAAUCCUUUAUCUACAUUCAAUGAACCAUUUGUUAACUGAUUUGUAUUUCCCCAAAGACCUUUCUGCAGCUUCUCCAGAAGCUGCUGGGACUUCUACCAUGGACGAUAUUACAAAAACAUAAGUACCUUCAUAAUUACUUUAAAUAGAUCUUUGCACACAGGUCGCAUUUUUCCCAUUAAAUGCUUCUGUAUGGAGAGGUA